AUAUAUAUAGUCAUAGCUACUUGGCCCCUUGUUGACUCAUAGUUACUCACCAUAGACCUCCUCCUUCUGGAUCUUUCUCUUUCUUUCAGUUGGUUCCUAUGGACACUAGCAGGGCUGAAGGGAAGAGAACCUUGCUGAGGUACAAAGAGGAGGAGGAGGAGGAGGACGACGAGGAGACUGAGGAGGAAGAGGAAGAAGACACGGGGGGUUAUGGAGAAGAAUAUGGUGGUGGUGGGAGGAGGAAGAGGGCAAUGACAGAUCUCAUGAGCAGCAAGAGAGGCUUCAAAGGUGGAGGAGGUUCGUCAAUGCCACCGUCAUGUCAGGUGGACGGCUGUGACUCUGAUCUGAGCAAGGGAAAGCAGUAUCAUCGAAGACAUAAGGUUUGUGAGAACCAUGCCAAGGCUCCUUCCGUACACAUUUCAGGACAACAACAAAGGUUUUGCCAACAAUGCAGCAGGCUUAGAGGGAAAGAAGACCCUCUCUUUGUUGAAUUUCAUGAGCUUUCGGAGUUUGAUGACUCAAAACGAAGCUGUAGGAGACGUUUGGCGGGGCAUAAUGAAAGGCGUCGCAAAAAUGCAACUGAGUACCAUGGAGAAUGAAGUGUACUCUUUGGAGAAUGAAGUGUACUCUUUCGCUGAAUGAGGCAAGCAUAUGAUGAUUAUAAUAAAAAUUGCCAUGAAUCCUUCCUAAUUAAUCUAAUUAUUGAUUUUAUCUGUGUUUCUCUGACCUUUGGAAGCUCUCUAUCUUCUGUCAAAAAUUAUUGCCAGGGUUAUUCUGGUCCAUGAUAACAUUUCCGAACGAGGAUUUGAAGUUCUUUGAUGUUGUCUAUUAUUUUAGUAUUAUUUAUUAGCACUGAAUUCUCUCGAGGAAAUUAAUCAAGUCAAAUAAUAUUAUCAUUGAGUUGUCUAUCA